AUGUGAUGUCCCGGGACAGCAGAACUGACGACAGACAGCCCCGGUUGACACAGCGGUCGGGUUCACCACGUCAGAGGGCAAAACCGCAAAUGAUCGGAGUCAGAGUCAAAGUGCACACAGGAAGUCGCUUCUGGUACAACUUUCUCUUCGAUGGUCUCCAACGCACGCCAUAAUGCGGCGGUGUUAUGGCAAAGUCCCGGCUCGCCUGUGGCUCUCGCCGAUUGGCAUUUUGUAUGUUUUGGUGUUGUGUGUCGCACCUGGAGCGCUACACCCGCAGUGUUUGGACUUCAAGCCGCCCUUCCGACCGCAAAUGGAGAUAGAGUUCUGCGUAAUGUACAAGGAGUUUGGCUGCUGUGAUUAUCAGAAAGACCAGGACCUGAUGACAAAGUACUACCAGAUUAUGGAUAACUUUGAUUAUUAUGGAUAUGCCAACUGUGCUGGCUUCGUCCUGGAGCUGCUCUGCCAGGAAUGCUCUCCAUAUGCAGCUCACCUCUUUGAUGCCGAGGACCCAAGCACCCCGAUCAGGACCAUCCCUGGUCUCUGUCCUGACUACUGCCCCCAGUUUUGGAAGAAGUGCAGCUCCACCAUUCCUUUCCUGUCUGACGACCCACACAUAGCCAAAGUCAAAGAAGACCAGACACGUCUCUGCCAGUACCUGGAACUAGACGACGUUGACUACUGCUACCCGCACCUCCUCAGCAACCAGAAGCUCACAAGCAAUCUGGGCAAGGUUCAGUCGGACUCGGACGGCUGUCUGCAGCUGUGCCUGGAAGAAGUUGCGAAUGGGCUGCGGAACCCGCUAGCCAUGGUGCACGCCAACGAUGGGACACAUCGGUUCUUUGUGGCAGAACAGGUGGGCUUGGUUUGGACGUAUCUUCCUGACCGGUCAAAACUGGAAAGACCCUUUUUGAACAUUACCAAGGCGGUUUUAACGUCAUCAUGGGAAGGUGAUGAGAGAGGCUUUCUGGGACUCACCUUUCACCCCAAGUACAAGUACAAUGGGAAGCUGUAUGUGUAUUACUCAGUGGAGGUGGGUUUUGAUGAGCGGAUCAGGAUCAGUGAGUUCCAUGUGUCAGCCAAUGACAUGAAUGUGGUGGACCAUGCCUCUGAGCGGGUUAUUCUGGAGAUCGAUGAACCAGCAUCCAACCACAAUGGAGGGCAACUUCUUUUUGCAGAUGAUGGCUACUUGUACAUUUUCACAGGGGAUGGUGGAAUGGCAGGAGACCCAUUUGGGAAAUAUGGGAAUGCCCAGAACAAGUCAGCUCUGUUGGGUAAAGUUCUCCGCAUUGAUGUGAAUGACAAUGAGAGAGGCCCGUUGUACAGAAUUCCUCCAGAUAACCCCUUCAAACAUGAGCGUGGGGCACGACCGGAGGUAUAUGCUUACGGUGUCCGCAAUAUGUGGAGGUGUUCUGUGGACCGGGGCGACCCUCGGACCAAAGAGGGCAAAGGACGUAUCUUCUGCGGGGAUGUGGGCCAGAACAAGUUUGAAGAGAUCGACAUCAUCGAGAAAGGUCGAAACUACGGCUGGAGAGCCAAAGAGGGCUUCUCCUGCUACGAUAAGAAGCUGUGUGCCAACAGCUCACUAGAUGAUGUCCUCCCUAUUUAUGCGUACCCUCACAAGAUGGGCAAGUCAGUGACUGGUGGCUAUGUUUACCGAGGCUGUGAAUACCCCAACAUGAACGGCAUGUACAUAUUUGGAGACUUCAUGAGUGGGCGUUUGAUGAGUCUGCGGGAGGACAGAAACACAGGGAACUGGAACUACAAUGAGAUCUGUAUGGGGAUGGGCCUGACCUGUGCCUUCCCUGGACUCAUCAACAACUACCACCAGUACAUCAUCUCCUUUGCAGAGGAUGAAGCUGGCGAGCUGUACUUCAUGUCGACUGGAAUACCGAGCGCUACGUCACCUUCAGGAGUCGUUUAUAAAGUGGUGGACCCUUCAAGACGUGCUCCACCGAGACAAUGCCACUAUGAUCCUCUUCCUGUCAGAGUGAAAAGUAACCUCAUCAAGUUUGUUCCCCAGGAAACAUUAAUCGGUGUUGAGCCAGCAAACAAAAUCCAGCCUGAGCCACAACCCACAGAGUCCUACGACUGGCUCCAGGAGCUCAUUGACCGUCUAGGAGGACCAGACCCGACCACUGCUUUGCCAACCACAACCACCACCAAAUCCCCCAGACAUCCGAGGCGGAAAGGCAAACGCAGGAAGGGCAAAUCCAGAACGCAGAGUACGUCCGAGCUCCAGAACGGAGUGGUGAGGCUUGUUGGGGAUGAACAAGGCCGCAGCGACCGCGGACGAGUGGAGAUCUACGUUAACGGGGAGUGGGGCACCGUUUGUGACGACCUUUGGACCACCAAGAAUGCUGCAGUGGUUUGCCAGCAGCUGGGCUUCAGCUACGCUAUUAAGGCAGCCAGGAACUCAGAGUUUGGGGAGGGGAAGGAUCUGCAGAUUCUUCUGGAUGAUGUUCAGUGUGAAGGGACCGAGUCCAGCCUGCUGGACUGCACACACGCCGGCGUGGGGACACAUAACUGUGCCCAUUAUGAAGACGCUGGGGUGAUCUGUGGCAACUCGGACUCCGUUGUAGAAGUCUAAAUGUUUGACUAUUAUGAAAUCAAAGCUAAUUAUCAUUAACUAAACCUGUUCCACCCUAAAUUUAACAGCCAAUCUACUCAUGAAGGAGCACACCAAACAUAGAGCACAUGACUUUAUGUCUUGAUAUUUCCAGCAGAUACAAUGAAUGGCGGAAAUAUGCUCUAAAAUUGUCCAGGGACCCCAGGGGUCCUUGAGGGGGUUCCAGGGUGUCCGGAGCAAAAGGGGGAAUAAUUUAUUUUCACUAUAAUUGCAUCCAUAAGUUUAGAACUGUUUGAGACGGUGUGAGAAUCCGGUAAAUAAUACAGGAAACAUCACUGCCUCUAUAGCUGCCACUAGAAAGUUUUAAAAAACAAUGGCUGCAUCUGAAAUUCCAUACUAACAUGCUAUUUAGGCUAAAACAGUAUGUGAGAUUUUUUAGUACGUCCGAAACCUUAGUAUGAAACCAAUAGUACGUGAAUGUACCAUGGUUACAUCUCGUCAACGGCAAGGAGGCUCUCAGGAAGUGACGUUGAACAGCUUAGUGCGUCUGAAAAGAUACACACUACUGUCUAUUUACACAAAUUCAUGUUGAACCAUAGUACACAUAUUGAGUAUGUAUUGCAGAGGAUGAGGUUUCGGAAGCAACCAAGCACUGAACUGCCCAGGAGUUGCAUGACAGGCAACUGUUUCCUCCAACAACAAAGCACAGUCGCUCCGUCUCUUUUCUUUCAUUUUUUGCCGUGAAAUGAAAGUGCCCUCGGAAACAUCAAGAUGUAUAAAAGAUUUGAUGGAAAACAGUAAUUGGGAAAUAUAAAGUCUAAUUGUGCUACUUUGGGGGGAUAAAUAACAACAGGACGUUACACACAUGGGCCAUUUAAGUGACACCCCCACCGUCGCACAACCCAACCCAAAUCGCUUUUUCUGGUCUGAACGUGCCCCAAGUAACACAAUGACAGAAUGUAUGAGUAUUUUGGGCAUGGGUUUCAUACACUUUCUGUAAAAAAACAAACAUCUAAAAGCUAAACAUCCUUCCAGUUUUCCUUGCCAGUAGUUGCACAUAGCUUUUUCUCAAAGGUAAAUGUCUAUAUAAGAGUUUAUUUUAAAUUUUCCAUCACAGACUUGAAUGUUUAAUUUGAAUGUAUGUUUUUGCACUAUUGCAUUAAGUCUUUGCCUACUCAGCGAUUUCUUUUAGUAACAAAUUUGACAUUUAGUGUCCUUGUAAAUGUCCGAUGCCAUGAGUGAAUGAAUGGGUGUAUUGUGAUCCUGUAAUUAUAAUAACAAAAUGUUGUGAAGAUUUUAAUAAAAG